AUGAUUUUCGCUAAAACAUGGGCGUAUUCAGCUUCUGGCCUAGGAAAGGGCAUGCCAUUUUUUACUCCAGGGAGGCAUAAAACUCAAGCCUUGGAAGAAAAUUCCUGCAUGUUGGAUUUCCAGGGUGGCACUGCCCCUGACUCUUCCACCCUCUUCAAGAGUACCAUGAUGAAAAUUGUUGAAAUCACCAAGGUCCAAGUCCACUACGGCGUGUCAAUAGCCAAUCGGUGGUACGUCACUGGUACCUGA